CAUACCGAUUAAGACGUCAUAAUAAUAGUGAAGUUCGCGCGUGUGAGCAAAACAAUGGCUUUGCGUACUGUGAUUUCUUCUCGAAUUCCAAUGGUGAUAAUAUUAGGUGCUACUGGGACAGGAAAAACUAAGCUUGGUGUGGAAUUAGCACAGAAAUUUGCCACUGAAAUAAUCAGUGCCGAUUCAAUGCAGAUAUACAAAGGAUUGGAUAUCGUGACGGCAAAAGCGAGUCCUCAAGAACGGGAGAUGGCUCCUCAUCAUCUCUUGGACAUACUGGAGCCUCACCAGUUUUUCACGGUAGUAGACUUCCGGAACAGAGCCUUAAAAAUUAUUGACAGCUUAAUCGACCAGAAGAAAAUCCCAAUAAUAGUUGGAGGCACGAUCUACUACAUUGAAUCCAUCGUCUAUCAAAUCCUUGUUGAGAGUAUGGACGACACAGAUGCACUGCUGUGGGAUAAAAGUCGUAGGAAGAGAGAUAUAGAUAAUACACCUAAUACAGCUGAAAAAAUAUCUAAGAAAACAAACGAUGGCUGUGGUGGCGAUAAUAAAAUGAAAGUGAAAGGAGAACAACCAAAAGAAGAUGAAGAAUUUAUAAGAAUAACGCUAUCAACUGACAAAGAAGUUAAAAUUCUAGAUGCUGAAGAGGAAACUUUGAAGAGACAGCUUCAGGAAGAUGUGGAUAACGAAGCUCGGUUCACAAACAACGAAAUAAGUGAAAAACUGAGGCUCAUAGAUCCUGCGAUGGCCAAUAGACUGCACCCAAAUAAUCGGAGGAAGAUUUUGAGGUCGAUAGAAGUCUGGUUGAAGACAGGACGUCGUCACAGCGAGAUCCUGGACGAACAGAAGGUGUGCGAAGGGCAGCUUCGGAAACCAGACUCCACUAUAAUAUUAUGGCUUAAAUGUGAACAAGAUGUCCACGAUAAGCGUCUUGACGCUCGCGUCGACUCGAUGCUGGAAGCGGGCCUCAUUGAGGAGCUGCUGGAUUUCCACGAGAGGCACAACAGGCACCGGAUACAGGACGGGAGCUCACCAGACUACACCAAAGGCGUUUUCCAAACUCUUGGCUUCAAAGAAUUCCACGAUUACCUGAUGAUGUCCGAAGACGAAAGGAAUUCGGAGGCGGGCAAGAAACUACUGAAGACCAGCAUUGAAAACAUGAAGAUGGCCACCCGGAGAUACGCGAGACGUCAAAACAAAAUGUUUCGUCAAAGAUUUUUAGAACAUCCCAGAAGAGAGGUGCCUUUAGUUUACGAAUUGGACACUACAGAUGUAACCAAAUGGGAUGAAAACGUGAAAAACAAGGCUAUUAAAAUAAUAGAAAGUUUCAUCAAUAGCACUGAUUCUGAUGUUUUACCAAUAAAACAGCAUCUUCAAAGUGAUAAACUGCAUACAGACGGAAAUUCUUUUAAUUUUUGUGAAAUUUGUAAUCGAAUCAUAAUAGGCGAUAACGUUUAUGCUAUUCAUUUAAAAUCUGUGCGUCACAUGAAGGUUUUAAAGAAAAUGAGAUCACAAAACAAGGAACAAAAACAAGAUUAAGAAAUGCUUUAUUAUAGGAAAUGUUGUGUAAAUCUAUAACUAUUGAUUUGGGUUAUUUCAUUGUUUUGUUUUACUGCUCUAGAUGGGCACUCAAAAUAAUAGCUACCAGGUGAAAGCCCAGAGACAUGGGCACGUAAGUAUCAUCAGGUGGUGCUGACCUUGCUAAUUGUCAGUCAAUUUUUUUGCUUGACAGCAGGUUGCAGCCCACCUGCAACUAUAAUGCUCUAUUGCAUAGUAAAAAUAAAUUUAAAUAUCCCAGCACUGCAGUGACAACAAUGCAUUACUUUAAACAUCAAACAAUAAAAAGAAAGGUCUAAAGUUAGGACACCUUAUUUGACCAACUUACAUUGUAUUUUGUAAUUGAAGUAUACAUUUUGUAUGGCUGUUUUCAAAGUGAAAUAAAAAUCGACCUGAAACUAAAUUUGUUUUAUUUAUAAAGUAUCUACAGUUCACAUGUUACAUUCUAUAUUAACUUCCUCUGCAUUUAUAAGAUUAUUUUUAUUUUUUGGUGCUCUGUAAUCAUAAUGCUCAAACUCAGGAUGUUGCUUUAUGAUAUCAUUGUAUGCUUCACAUAAUCUGGCAAAUUCCAUAUUGGUUAUCUGAAAAGGCCUGGUCACAGGGUCAAUAUCAGCAAUGUUGUACAUUUUUAAAGCUACCUCUUCUCUCACUUCUUCUGGGAACAACGUCUGAGCACCCCGUAUCGAAUACUUUUGUCUCAUUGAAAAUAUUUGACGGACAACUUUCUCAGUAAGUUUAAAUGGCAAUUUUAUUAUUGGAUGUUUUAAUGGUGUUAGAGUAACUACACCGACGUCUACAUCUGGCUUCGGCAAAAAUGCAGUACCUGGUAUAUCAAAAUUGUAUUUUACAGUGCACCAAGAUUGACACAUAACUGAUAACCUGCACCUUUGCUUAUCUAAGAUACGGGCAGCCAUUCUCUCUGCAACUUCUUUUUGAAAAGUAAGAGUCAUUCUUGUUCUCCCAAACAACCAUGGUCCUUCAUGUUUAGAUAUCAUCUCCAACCAUCUUAUGAUCAAAAUUGUAGACACGCUAAAUGGUAGAUUGCCAAUGAGGUGAACUGGUGGAGGUGGAUCCAACCAGUGGACUUUUGCAUCACUCGGUAUAAAUUGACUUAAAUCUGUUUUCAAAAUAUCACCCGUUAUAAUGUCAACAUCGACUUUAUCUCGACAAGCAUCGGCUAAAAGCUCCAACGAUGGUAAGAACCGAGGGUCUUUUUCAAUUAAAACAAGUUUCUUAGGUGCCUGCCUUAUUAUAGACCGAGUUAUUCCACCCGGGCCGGGUCCAACUUCACAAACGGUAUGAUUCUGAAUAUUACCUGAGGCACGCACUAUUUUGUCAAUAAGUCUCGGUUCCAUGAGAAAAUUCUGUGACAGCUCUCGUAAAGCGCGUAAUUUGUAGAGUUUGAUGACAUCCUUGAUGCUUGGUAGUGGAGGCAGCCUUAUCUGUAAUGCAGUUUUAGCGACGGCCAUGAUUACUGCUGUAUUUUCGGGGGCUCGUCGAAAUCGUCAAGGAACGUCUCCUGUUUGAUGGCGAAGAUAGAAUACAAGUAAACACCCAACACUCCGGCUCCUAUCGUGAAGCCCGUCAGUCGAUUGCGUUUCGAAAUCACUUGUAAUUUUUGAACGCGUUCGCGAUUUCUCUCUUCGAUUAAUUUCAUAUAAGCUAUUUCGGCCUGCUUGAGCACUGGAUCUUGUUGAGUACCGCUGAUUUUCGGUUUAUAUGCGGAGUCUCCCAUUACGGAAAUAAACUUUAGAGAUAAUAACAAGUAAUAUUAAUUAAUGCAAACAAGACUCAUUAGGUAGUUCGAAAUUAUUCGAAAA